AUGUAUGUUUGCUACUGCGCAACUACAAAAACGAACCCGCAGGAGUCAUCUCAUUACGAAUCCACGACAUCGCCUACUCUUGUCAAGAACGGACGGAAUAUUACACCAGAGAUCACAAAAUUUUACACCGAAUCCCACCAUCAAUGCUGGAACACUCAAAGCUGCACCGGAGAGACCUGCAGAGGCAUCACUACCUCGACCAACAUAUACGAGUUUAGCCACUACGCGAAGAACAAUCCUGGCUACACCUACUGCUCACCCUCUUGCAAAUGCUUAUGUGCAAUCCACUUUGUCUAUGAAGGCGACAUGCAAUUGCCCCGCAGGAAACAUAAGCAAGCACUUGAACAACGCUCACCAACAACUACCACUCAGCGGAAAAGACGUAGUCAUCCUUCAACGCGGAAACAGCAUCCAAGCCAAAACACACAAGCGGAUCCAGUACAUCCCAUCCAAAUCUCCAUACAUGGUCUAUCCAUCUUCACGAAACGCGUCAAAAACGAAUGCCGCGUCGACAUGGGAUCUUUAACUGGAUGCUACUCCUGCUUCCAAGGAGCACACGUUCAAGUAUCUUGCACAUCAACGCUAUCCGAGGAAACGGCUGAGAUACACUGCAAGAAUCAAACCCAAAUAGUCAAAUGUUCACCUCACGGAAUCAUCUCCGACACAGUAUUCCACUUCGCGACUUCGUCACUAGACAUCAAUUGUUCAGUACUGUGCCCGGCCGGACAAUCGACAAUUCAUCUCCAAGGAACGCUUGACUAUGUCAAUGAACCUGUGUUUCAGUUUUCAUCACUGCAGCAUUUGGAAACCUACCGAGCAACAUCUACAGAUUCUUCGAAUAUUCCGCAAACGCUCAUUUCAAGCCACCUUAAUCAAAAAGUCACGCUAAUUUCUUUUCCGGGUUGGGAGAGUCUCCGAGCAUACUUCGACGCCAACAGCCGUGUGUGGAGAUCUCGCGGAAGAACUGACAAUUCAUCUCUCUCCUUCGACGCGAAUAAUCCGAUAAUCCUACCGCGACGUACCUGGAUCACUGAACUUUACAUUCUUUAUCACAUAUGGAACAUCACCAUAUUGGAACUUCACAAACGCUCACAGUGCUACGACAGCGAAUCUGGAUACCGCAAGGCCGAGUUGAGCGGUCACACCAUCAGCCGACCUCUGAGUCUGCUAUACCCACUGGAAAUCCCACCUACAAAACAAUCGAGUUCCGAUAGCUCAACGAGUAAAUCAGAAAACGAAUCCAACAAGGAACAUCGACGACGAAUCACAACAAGAUCACAUCCAAUGAUGACACGCAGCCUAGCUCGACAACUCUCCACCUCAUUCGCCAUCCUGCUUAUAUGCUUCACGGUACCAACGAGCUCAAACUUCUAUGUUGUCCCCGAUACGAAAUGCACAGAAUCACACUCAUCGAGACAAAUAAUUCAUGCCGAUCAGUGCUCCUCCAAUGGAAUCGCCAUCGCCAUAACAACCACGCUCUCAAACAGGAGAACAAUGUUCGGACAACUCCAAUGCACAUCUGAAGAAACAGUGGAAAAAUUUUCAUCAUGUCAGUUCUCUCCCGCUACGUGUCAGUGCAAUCCACUUGUCUAUGAAGCGACAUGCAAUUGUCCCGCAGGAAACAUAAGCAAGCACUUGAACAACGCUCACCAACAACUACCACUCAGCGGAAAAGACGUAGUCAUCCUUCAACGCGGAAACAGCAUCCAAGCCAAAACCACAAGCGGAUCCAGUACAUCCAUCCAAAUCUCCAUACAUGGUCUAUCCAUCUUCACGAAACGCGUCAAAAACGAAUGCCGCGUCGACAUGGGAUCUUUAACUGGAUGCUACUCCUGCUUCCAAGGAGCACACGUUCAAGUAUCUUGCACAUCAACGCUAUCCGAGGAAACGGCUGAGAUACACUGCAAGAAUCAAACCCAAAUAGUCAAAUGUUCACCUCACGGAAUCAUCUCCGACACAGUAUUCCACUUCACGACUUCGUCACUAGACAUCAAUUGUUCAGUACUGUGCCCGGCCGGACAAUCGACAAUUCAUCUCCAAGGAACGCUUGACUAUGUCAAUGAACCUGUGUUUCAGUUUUCAUCACUGCAGCAUUUGGAAACCUACCGAGCAACAUCUACAGGUUUCUCUUGGAAAGAUUUCACCACACCAAUACUCGAAUGGGUUACUUCAUUUACCAAGCAUAUUUAA